AUGAAAAAUGAAGUUGUUCAACAUGAAACAACAAGAAUCAAAGAGAAAUUUGAUUUUCGAUACAAUCAACAAUGUGAUGCAAUUGUAGCAAAAAUUGUCGAUUUGAAAACAUCAGAAGCAAACGAUCCAAUUGAACUUGACACUCUUCGAAUACCAUUAAAUGCCAUAUCGGAUCAAGCUAAAAUUGAACAAUUGGAAUAUAUUAAAUAUGUCAAUUCAAAUCUUCAUAAAACACGUCAAUAUUGGAAUAUUAUUAUUCAAAAUAUGAUUCAUGAACAAGAAAUUGGUUCUUAUUUUAUCAAUGAUUUUACUUUUGCUUCGAAACGAGCAAAUCGAGUCAAAACUGUUACAGUAAAUGAUGAUGAUUUUGAUGAAUCAUUAACUGUUUUAGAUCAUACGGAUGUGGCAAUGAUUGAAUGUGCAAUUUGACCAGAAGGUCUUUGGUUAAGAUCAUCGAUGAAUAUUGAAGAUACGACCAAUUAUUUUAUUAUCAAUUUUCCAUUACAACAAAAUAAGAAAUUAUCUUAUUGUAUUGCUGCUAAUCCAGUUUGUGGUUAUCGUGCAAAAGCAUAUAUUAAUAACGCACUGACAACCAAUAAUGAAUUGAUAACAGUUUAUCGUGAACCAUGUUCAAGUUUUAUUCCUCUCAAUUGGUCAACGAUAACAAAUCGAAAAUAUGCCAAUUAUAUUCUUUAUCGUACAUUAAUCGGAAAUAAAAUUCUUCAUCAUACCUAUUUCAUUCGAGAAUUGGUUAAUAAUAUUUAUACAACAGAUUUAUUUUCUGAUGAAGGUACUCGAAUGCCAAUGAUUAAUGCAUUAAAAUUAAUUAUUCAACAAGAAGAUAAAUUAAUGCAACAACCAUUUACUGCUGUUUGUCGAAUUUUACAUUUGAAUCAUUUAUUUCAUCAACUAGACCAAAAUAUAAUGAUUAGUCUCGUCAGAAAACGUUUUAUAUUGAUGUGCAUCGAUGCUCAAUGUUCGAAAACAAAAUUUGGUCCAGAACAUUUAAUUAUGAUACGACAAUAG